AUGUCUGUCGUGACUGCCGGUCAUGACGAUUUCCGUAACGCGCACCGUUUGGCUGCCGAAGUGAGGUAUCUCAGCAAAGCUGGGAAGAGCCAGGCAGACAAGAUUGCCGAAAAGGCAUCCAAGGCUCUUCAAAAGGCGAUGGAAGCUGGGCGUGUUGACCAGCUUAUCGCGCUGAACCAGCUCAACAAGCUCGCAGAUAUCGCCCGUCGUCAAGACAUCGAAGUUGAUGACAGUGGAGACAACGUGUUGUUUUCGACCACAAUUGGCGUCUCCUGCUGGCGCCUGCAUCCAACGCACCUCAAGACAUCCACAGAAUGCAAGCUCUUGUCGGGUUGUCCUCCAUUCGACCAGAACAUCUUUCGCAUCUACUGCGACAAGCCUGUUCGAGACGAUGAAAACCAGCAUAUGCUGCUCGGUCCAGCCCGUGACAUGCCGAGAGCUUUGUUUGAGACCGCGCUAUCGCGUCUCAUCGAACAAUCGCCUUGUUGUGUCGAGAUUCACGCCGCACCUGCCGGUGACCCCGCGACGCUCGUCGAGCCGCUGGCAAACUUGAAACUUGGUGCUUCCUCGCUGUCCGCCUCUGCCACAACUGGCUCGUUUUCUUCAGCGGCACCAUCGAACGUGCCUGCGCCAUCACAUCCUGUCGCGGCUAAUUCCGACAGUGAUCAGUCUGAGAACCCUCUGGAUGCCAUCGACUGCGACGAGCUCGACGACGAAUCGUGCCUCCUUCUUAAGGCGCUGAAAUGGACAAUUUUCCUGCCCCAUGUUUCGGCAGCUGAAAAGGCUGUUGCCUACUACAUUGCCACUCGCAUCGUUGGAGAGAACACCGUUGAGAUGCUCUCGGAGCGUUCGACCUUAUGGUGGUUUGCGCGAGAUGCCCUGACGCGCUACUCGACAACCGACGAUCGGGAGAUCAACGCGCAAGACGACUUGAUUGCGCAUUUGGAUCGUCUGAUUCGUGUGGGUAAAGCCAGCUUCUGCACGGUGGAUGAAAUUUGUUCUCACUCGCCAGAUGGACAGACGUGCCGUUUUGUGGCAUCUCGCCAAGACACGUCAGCACCUGCACCUACCCGCUUGUGA